GGAACAGAAAGGCGCGUGAAAAUAUCUCCGUUCUCCAUCUCCAUCACCUGCAAAAACCACGGGAAACCUAAAAUCACAAAAUCGUCACCGCUCCGAACCCGGGAGCUUCACUAUCGUCCCCUUCUAACUUUGGUCGCCAAUCGACCCCGAACACUGCAAUCUCUAAUCCAUUGCAGCAUCUUGCGCACCUCUCUUUCACUCAUCGUUACCUGGCGGGGAAAGUCACUAUUAAUCAUAACUAGCAGUGGGGAACAUAACAAGAUUCUGCUUCUUCGACGAGUUUCCAGUGGGUCUCCUAGUUAUCUGUCAUCUUCUAGCUUCCUGUACCGAUAACCGGUGCCCAGGGAGGUCAAUUGCGUCUUCGAUUUUGCAUGUUAUAGUCACCAGAAGCAACUAUCCUUCUCGUCUGGAAAACCAGUAGGACUUGAAUCGUUCUAGUUUUUUGGAGAUAGAGAUUGUCUGCGACAAAUAGUCCAAAUAUCCAAGUUCCAAACUUAGCUCUUAAGAACCACUUAUGGAUCUUCUCCGAGCAUAUACAGAUGAAAAGGAGGAAUUAGAUGCAACUGAAGAGCAGCAUCACCCAAGCCCUGAUUCUUCACCGAACUCAUCACCACCUCGUUUCCUCCCUGUCAGCAAAUCAUCUGCACCAAAGGUUGAUGACACCAUGCUUGCACUGACAGUGGCUCAAGGCCACCAAGCACAAUCCAAACCCAUUGACCCUGCCCAGCAUGCCAUUGCUUUUAACCCCACCUACGACCAACUUUGGGCUCCAAUUUAUGGCCCUGCCCACCCCUAUGCAAAGGAUGGUAUCUCACAAGGCAUGCGCAACCACAAGCUUGGCUUUGUUGAAGAUGCCUCCAUUGACUCCUUUGUCUUUGAUGAACAGUAUAACACUUUCCAUAAAUAUGGUUAUGCUGCUGAUCCCUCGGGCAACAAUUAUGUGGGUGACUUGGACACUUUGCAGAAAAAUGAUGGAAUUUCUGUCUACAACAUCCCCCAACAAGAGCAGAAGAGGCGAAAGGUUGAGAAAAAGAAGGAAGCAGAGGAAGACGAUGCUGUGGAUCUGGAGCAGGUUGAUAAUCCUGCUACUGAUGUAUGGUUGAUGAAGAAUAAGAAGAGCCCGUGGUCAGGGAAAAAGGAUGAGAAGCAAACAGAGUUGACAGAGGAGCAGAAGAAGUAUGCGGAGGAGCAUGCUAAGAAGAAAGAAGAGAAAGGUCAUGGAGGUGGGGAUAAAGGGGAGCAUGUGGUGGAUAAGACUACUUUUCAUGGUAAAGAGGAAAGAGAUUAUCAGGGUAGGUCUUGGAUCGCACCUCCUAAGGACGCCAAAGCAACAAAUGAUCAUUGUUAUAUACCCAAAAGGUUGGUGCACACUUGGAGUGGGCAUACAAAAGGUGUUUCCGCGAUUCGUUUUUUCCCCAAACAUGGUCACUUAAUUCUCUCUGCUGGAAUGGAUACAAAGGUGAAGAUUUGGGAUGUGUUUAAUUCAGGCAAAUGCAUGAGGACUUAUAUGGGUCAUUCGAAGGCAGUGAGAGAUAUUUGCUUCUCUAAUGAUGGGACCAAGUUUUUGACUGCAGGAUAUGAUAAAAAUAUAAAAUACUGGGAUACUGAAACUGGGCAGGUUAUAUCAACCUUCUCCACUGGAAAGAUUCCGUAUGUAGUUAAGCUUAAUCCAGAUGACGAUAAGCAAAACAUUUUGUUGGCAGGCAUGAGUGAUAAGAAGAUUGUGCAAUGGGAUAUGAAUACUGGACAGAUUACUCAGGAGUAUGAUCAGCACCUGGGUGCAGUUAAUACAAUUACAUUUGUUGAUAAUAAUAGAAGAUUUGUUACCUCGAGUGAUGAUAAAUCUCUUCGUGUAUGGGAGUUUGGGAUCCCUGUAGUUAUAAAGUACAUUAGUGAACCUCACAUGCAUUCCAUGCCUUCCAUAUCACUUCACCCCAACACAAAUUGGCUUGCUGCUCAGAGUUUGGAUAAUCAAAUUCUUAUUUACAGUACCAGGGAAAGGUUUCAGCUAAAUAAGAAAAAGAGGUUUGCUGGGCACAUUGUUGCUGGUUAUGCUUGCCAAGUCAAUUUUUCACCAGACGGAAGGUUUGUUAUGUCAGGGGAUGGUGAAGGUAAGUGUUUUUGGGACUGGAAGAGUUGCAGUUUCAGAACCCUCAAGUGUCACGAGGGAGUGUGCAUUGGCUGUGAGUGGCAUCCUUUGGAACAAAGCAAAGUAGCGACAUGCGGCUGGGAUGGCUUGAUUAAGUACUGGUAA